AUGGUUGGCGCGCCACGCUUCACCCAGAAGCCGUCCAUUCAACAAACGCCUACGGUAGGUCUCAAAUUUUUCAGAAUUUUUUUUCCAAAAAAAUUGGGUAGUUCUCAUUGAUUUUCAGCCAAAAAACCUGAAAUUUAAGAAAAAUUUGGAAAAAAAAAUGUUUUUUCUCGAAAAAAAUUUAAACGCGCUCUAUUGCACUUUUUCUGAAAAAUCGAAUUUUUCAAAUUUUUUCUAGAAAAUUAAAUUUUUCAAAUUUUUUCUAGAAAAUUAAAUUUUUCAAAUUUUUGUUAAAAUUCACAGAAAUUCGAAAUUUUCAAAUGCGCCCCAUUGCGAAUUUUUCAAAUAAUGUUUUUUGAUGUGUGUGUGUGGUGUAGUUUUUUUUUGUACAAAAUCAACAGUGUUUAUCUUGCAAUUGAGCAAAUUUGUGUGUUUUGAAGUUUGAUUUUGUGAUUUUCAAGAUUUCGAAACUUUACGGGGGUUUGGAGAACUUAAAAAUCUGAAAUUCAAAAUUUUCUGAAAUUUAAGAAAUUCUGAAAAUGUGCAAUUUUUAACUAAAAAUAUUUUCAAAUUAAAAUUUUCAAUCAAAAAUGUAUGCAAAUUUCAAGUUCUUGAAAAAUUUGUCUGAAAAUCAGAAUUCUGAAAUUAUUAAGUUAUUCUGAAAAUGUUUCACUAACUAAAUCCAACACAAUUCAUGUUAGCCUAACUCCCGAAAAUUCAAAAAAAAAAUUUUCAAAAUCUGAAAAUCAGAAUUCUGAAAGUUUUUUAAAAAAUUUGUGAUUUGGACAAAAAUUAGAUUUUCAAAUUUCUGUCCAAAUCAAGAUUCUGAAAAAAUCUAAAAUUUCUAAUUAAAAUCACCAAGAGUUAGCCUAACUCCUGAAAAUUAGGAUUUUCUAAUUUUUGUCCAAAUCAAGAUUCUGAAAAAAUCUAUAUUUUCAAUUAAAACUAUGUUAGCUUAACUCCCAAAAUAAUUGUUUUUUUCAAAUUUUUGUCCAAAUCAAGAUUCUGAAAAAAAUAAAUUUUCUAACUAAAAUCACCAAGAGUUAGCUUAACUCUCAAAAUUAGGAUUUUCUAAUUUUUGUCCAAAUCAAGAUUCUGAAAAAAAAAUUAAAUUUUCUAAUUAAAAUCCCUAUGUUAGCCUAACUCCCAAAAUAAUUAUUUUUUUGCUAAUUUUUGUCCAAAAUCAAUCCAGUUUGUGUCCAAUUUUUUUUUGCUCAAACGUAUUUCCUCCUUCCUGUCCUCCUGUCCUGUCCUCCUGUGUAUAAUAAUAUCCUGCCUAAGAUGAGAGAGAGAGAGAGGGAAUGUGUUUGUGUGGGCGACUUGAAACAACUGAUCAUAUAGACUAAAAUGUCUGGCCGCACUCUCCUCAUCUCACACACUAUUUCGCAUUUUCGCGUUUUUGUUUUUGCAUGUAUUACGACAAUGGCAGAACGCGAAGAAAAACGAAGAAAAGCGAAGAAAAAAGUGAAAAUGAGGAGAGAAGAGAUAGCGAAUGUGUGUGUUUUGUAGGAGCAGAUCGCAAAAAAAUGCUGAAAAUUUUGAACUCUUGAAGGAUAUACAGGGGGAACAAGGGGCUUUAAAUAUCACUCAAGGCUUCUGAGGGCUUCUGAAGGCUUCUGGAGGCUUCUGGGGGUUCUGAAGGCUUCUGGGGGCUUCUGAGGGCUUCUUGGGGCUUCUGAAGGCUUCUGGGGGCUUCUGGGGGCUUCUGAAGGCUUCUGGGGGCUUCUGAAGGCUUCUGAAGGCUUCUGAAGGCUUCUGGGGGCUUCUGAAGGCUUCUGAAGGCUUCUGGGGUCUUCUGGGGGCUUCUGAAGGCUUCUGAGGGCUUCUGAAGGCUUCUGGGGGCUUCUGAAGGCUUCUGGGGGCUUCUGAAGGCUUCUGAGGGCUUCUGAAGGCUUCUGGGGGCUUCUGAGAACUUCUGAAUGCUUCUGGGGGCUUCUGGGGGCUUCUGGGGGCUUCUGAAGGCAUCUAGAGGCUUCUGGGGGCUUCUGAAGGCGGCUGGGGGCUUCUGAAGGCUUCUAGAUGCCUUCUGAAGGCUCCAGAAGGCUCCAGAAGUCUUCUGAAGGCUUCUGAAGUCUCCAGGGGGCUUCUGAAUGGCCUCUAGAGAGCUUCUGAAGGCUUCUGAGGGCUUCUGGGGGCUUCUGAAAGUUUCUGGGGGCUUCUGAAGGCUUCUGGGGGCUUCUGAAGGCUUCUGGAGGCUUUUGAAGGUUUCUGGGGGCUUCUGAAGGCUCCAGAAGCCUCUAGAUGCCUUCUGAAGUCUCCUGAAGGCUCUAGAGAGCUCCAGAAGUCUCCAGAUGCCUUCUAGAUGCUUUUAGAAGCCUAUAGAUGUCUUCUGAAGUCUCCAGAAGCGUCCAGAAGUCUUCUAGAUUCAUCAAAAUCUUGAUUUUCAGGGCGAUUUGUUGAUGGAAUGUAAUUUGGAAGCGGAUCCACAGCCGACAAUCGCCUGGCAACAUUCGGGAAAUUUAUUAGAACCAAGUUCGAGAGUUGUUCAAACGCUCACACCACUUGGAAAUAGUUUAUUCAAAGCGACACUUGUUAUUAAGGUAGAGUUUGCUGGAUUAAAGGAACAUACCGUAUAUCACCUGCGUAUCUAACGGGGUGAAGGUUAGAGACGCAGAGGGAGAUGAGAAACCAGACAGCUAGAGACGCAGAGGGAAAUACACUCGCUCCGCUCGACGCCGCUUACGCGGAAUUUUCCGGGGCGCUUCGCGCAAGAUAGCUAGAAAAUUAGAGACGCAGAGAAACCAGACGGCUAGAGAGUAUGAGAAGGUUAGAGACGCAGAGAAACUAGAGAGAGGUAAUUUUAAAAAUUCAUAAUUUCGCCCGCAAAAAUUCGAAAUUUCAAAAAUUUAAGUUUUCUGGUGAAAAUUUUUGAAAAUUUCUAACUUCGUGCUGAACUUGUUUUUUUAAUUCAGAUUUUAGCGCGAAAAAUUUGAAAUUUCAAAAAUUUUUGAAAAUUUCUAAUUUCGCGCUUAAAUUUUCAAAUUCAAAUUUUUCCGCCAAAAAAUCGAAAUUUCAAAAGUUGUUUGGAUUAGAAUUUGGAGAGAGUGCAGAGAAACUGGACAUCUAGAUAGCUAGAGUGAAAUGUUAGAGACGCAGAGAAGCUAGACAUACAGAUUGCUAGAGUGAAAUGAUAGAGACGCAGAGAGAUUAGAGAGCAUAGAGAAGUGAGAGAAGCUAGACAGCUAGAUACUACUAUCAAGUUAGAGACGCAGAGAGAUUAGAGAGCAUAGGAACAGGAGAGAAGCUAGACAGCUAGAUAUUACAAAAAAAGUUAGAGACGCAGAGAGAUUAGAGAGCAUAGGAACAGGAGAGAAGCUAGACAGCUAGAUAUUACAAAAAAAGUUAGAGACGCAGAGAAACUAGAGAGCAUAGGAACAGGAGAGAAGCUAGACAGCUAGAUAUUACAAAAAAAGUUAGAGACGCAGAGAAACUAGAGAGCAUAGAGAAGUGAGAGAGUGCAGAGAGUUAUCUGUACAAAACCUGCGUAUCUAACUAAAAAAUUUUCUGAAAAAAAAUAUUUUUUUUUUCAAUUUUGAAGCUCUGAGCUCGAGCACAGAGCUAAGAGCCCUAAAUUUUUCCCAAAAUUCAAAAUUUUCUUCCCAGGAACCAAACGCUGGCGAUGGCGGUGCCUACAAAUGCACAGCCAAAAAUCAAUUAGGCGAAUCGAAUGCGAAUAUAAAUUUGAAUUUUGCCGGUGCCGGAGGCGAUGAGCAAAAAAGUAAAGGACCAACAUUUGUUGGAAAACCCCGAAUUAUUCCAAAAGAUGGUGGAGCAUUGAUUGUUAUGGAAUGUAAAGUGAAAAGUUCGUCGACACCCGUAGCGAAGUGAGUUGGGGGCAUUUUUUUUUUGGUCUUGAGGUUCUAGGAGGUCCUAAAAAAUUCGGCUUAAUUUUUAAAAGAUUCUUAAAGCCCCUAAGAGGCUUCUGAAGGUGUCUGAAACCAUCUUAAAAUUCCCAGAAGUUUCCAGAAGCCUCCAGAAGCCUCCAGAAUCUUCUAGGGCGCUCAAAACGUCUCUGGAGGCUCCUGAAGCGUUCUGAAAGUCCUCCAGAAAGUCUUCAGAAGUCUCCAAAAGUCUCUGAAGUCUUCUGAAGCGUUGUGAAGGGUUCCAGAAUCCUCCAGAGAGAUUCCGAAGCUUCCAAAGGUCCCCAGAAACUUUCAGAGAGCACUCAAAUGCCUUCUGAAGGUCUCCAGAAGUCUCCAGAAUCCUAUAGAAUCUUCUAGAGCGCUCAAAACGUCACUGGAGGCUUCUGAAGCGUUCUGAAAGUCUUCAGAAGUCUUCAGAAGGCUCCAAAGGGCGCCAAAAGUGCCCGGAAGCUUCCGAAGGUCUCCAGAAACCUUCAGAAAUUUCCAGAAGUCUCCAAAGGGUUUCAGAAGCUUUCAGAAGCUUUCAGAAUGCUUCGGAAGUCUUCAGAAGCCUCCAGAGAUCUUCAGAAGCCUUCAGAAGGCUCCAGAAGCCUCUAGAAGUCUCCAGACGUAUCUGAAGGCUUCUGAAUCCUCCAGAGGGCUCAAAACGUUCCUGAAGGCUUUUAAAGGCUUCAGAAGUCUUCCGAAAUUUUCCAGAAGCACUCAAAUGCCUUCUGAAAGUCCCCAGAAGCCUCCAGAAUCCUCUAGAAUCUUCUAGAGCGCUCAAAACGUCCCUGGAGGCUUCUGAAAGUUUUCUGAAGUCUCCAGAAGCCUUCAAAGGUCCCCGAAGACUUCUGAAGCGUUUUGAAAAUCUUCAGAAAUUUCCAGAAGUCUCCAAAGGGUUUCAGAAGCUUUCAGAAACUUUCAGAAUGCUUCGGAAGUCUUCUGAAGCCUCUAGAAUCCUCCAGAGGCCUCCAGAAUCCUCCAGAAUGUUCUAGAGUGCUCAAAACGUUCAUGGAGGCUUCUGAAUCCCCCAGAGAGCUUCAGAAGUCUCCAGACGUAUCUGAAGGCUUCUGAAACCUUCAGAAACCCUUCAGAAGUCUUCAGAAAUCUUCAAAAGCUCAUCGGAGAGCUUCAGAAGCCUUCAGAAAGCUCUAAUGGUCCCUGGAAGCUUCUGAAGCAUUCUGAAAGCUCCGAAGGUCCCCGAAGGCUUCUGAAAUUUUCUGAAAGUUUCCAGAAGUCUCCAGAAGUCUCCAGAAGUCUUCAGAAGCUCUCAAAUGCCUUCUGAAGCCUCCAAAGGACUCAAAAAGUCCCCUGGAGGCUUCUGAAGCGUUCUGAAAGUCCCUAGAAACCUCCAGGAGCCUCCAGAAGUCUCUGAAAGCUUCUGAAGGUCCCCAAAGCUUCUAGAGAUCUUCAGAUUCGUCUAGAAGUCUCUGAAAGCUCCCCCUCUAAGCUUCUAGAGCUCCCCAGAGACCUCCAGAAGCCUCCGAAGAUUCCCCCCCCCCCAAAAAAUCAAUAUAUUUUCAGAUGGAUGAAGGAUGGUUCGCCUCUGACAAUGGGCGGCCUCUACCACGCAAUCUUCAGCGAUCUCGGCGAUCAAACAUAUUUAUGUCAACUCGAAAUUCGUGGUCCCUCAUCUUCCGACGCCGGACAAUAUCGAUGUAAUAUUCGAAAUGAUCAAGGUGAAACCAACGCGAAUCUGGCAUUGAAUUUUGAAGAACCUGAUCCCGUUGAACAACCACCGAAACCCGAAAGAAAACGAUCGACAGCUUCACCGCGACCUUCUUCAAGAGGACCCGGUGAUAGACCGUCGUCGCCGAAAAAAGCGAUGAAAUCGAGAGAGGGAACACCGAAGAGAAGUUUGAAGCCGAGAGAAGGUUCGCCUGGCAAAAAAUUGAGGUUUGAUUUGAAUUUUGGGAGGUUUUUGCUGAACUUUUGAAUCUGGAUUUUGAGAUUUUUGGCGCCGCGAACUUUUCAAAAUUCAAAAUUUUCAUUUUUCGCGCCAUGAAAUUUACAGUAAUCCUAUUUCUUCUCUGACGCGCGAAAAUUUCAAAAUUCAAAAUUUUCAUUUUUGGCGCCAUGAAAUUUACAGUAAUCCUAUUUCUUCUCUGACGCGCGAACUUUUCAAAAUUCAAAUAUUUCAUUUUUGGCGCCAUGAAAUCUACAGUAAUCCUAUUUCUUCUCUGACGCGCGAACUUUUCAAAAUUCAAACAUUUCAUUUUUGGCGCCAUAAAAUCUACAGUAAUCCUAGAAGAACUCUGACGCGCGAACUUUUCAAAAUUCAAAUAUUUUCGGUUUUGGCGCCAUUAAAUCUACAGUAAUCCUAUUUCUUCUCUGACGCGCGAACUUUUCAAAAUUCAAAUAUUUCAUUUUUGGCGCCAUAAAAUCUACAGUAAUCCUAUUUCUUCUCUGACGAACUUUUCAAAAUUCAAAUAUUUCAUUUUUGGCGCCAUGAAAUCUACAGUAAUCCUAUUUCUUCUCUGACGCGCGAACUUUUCAAAAUUCAAAUAUUUCAUUUUUGGCGCCAUAAAAUCUACAGUAAUCCUAUUUCUUCUCUGACGCGCGAACUUUUCAAAAUUCAAAUAUUUCAUUUUUGGCGCCAUGAAAUCUACAGUAAUCCUAUUUCUUCUCUGACGCGCGAACUUUUCAAAAUUCAAAUAUUUCAUUUUUCGCGCCAUGAAAUCUACAGUAAUCCUAGAAGAACUCUGACGCGCGAACUUUUCAAAAUUCAAAAAUUUUCGAUUUUCGCGCCAUGAAAUUUACUUACAGUAAUCCUAUUUCUUCUCUGACGCGCGAAAAUUUCAAAAUUCAAAAUUUUCAUUUUUCGCGCCAUGAAAUUUACAGUACUCCUAUAAGAACUUGGCGCGAACUUUUCGAAAACUUUGAAAAUUCAAAUAUUUCAUUCUUGGCGCCAUGAAAUCUACAGUAAUCCUAUUUUUUUUUACUUUGAAUCUGUGAUUUUUGAAUUUUUGAAAUUUAAAAUCUAUAGAAUAUUUUCUGUAGAUCAUUUUUUUGAUCUACAGUAUCCCUGGGAUUUACAGUAACCCAAGAAAUUCCACGUUUUUUUUGGCGCCAGAAGAACUUGGCGCGAACUUUUGAAAAUUCAAAAAUGUUUGAUUUUUGCCGCCAAGAAAUUCACCUACAGUAAUCCUAUUUCUUCUUUGACGCGCGCGAAAAUUUUAAAAUUCAAAUUUUUCAUUUUUUUUUGGGGGUACUGUAUUUUCUACAUUCUUGUUCCGAAAAAAAGGGCUGGGUUACUGUAGAAGCAGUUCCAAAAAUUUUGUAGAUCACAAAAAUGGUCCUGAAUUCUACAGUACCCCCGGGAACUACAGUAACCCAAGAAAUUCCACAAUUUUUGAGACCAAACAAGCCUAGGUUACUGUAGAAAAGGCCCAGCCAUGUUUGGUGUCAAAAAACGUGGAAUUUUCCGCAGUCUACAGUAACCCCAGAUCCAAAUUCUUCUAGAUCUCGCACCUCAACACCAGUCGCCGAUGAAAUCUCACAAUCCGAAUCACAAUCUCGUCGCUCAUCUCGCGCUGAAAACAAAAUCGACACCACCGACACCACCACAACACGAAUAACAAACGAAAACCCGACGGUCUUCCACCGCCGGGCGCCGACGAGAAGAAACUUCGAGCCGGAAGUCCCAGGAAGAGUGUGUCACCAACACCAUCCAGAAAAUCAUCGGCAGCUGGAGCUGGAUCUGGAGCUGCGCCAGGCUCCGAGAAAUUCACACGACCUCCGAUUGUUAUGGAAGCCAGCCGGUCCCAGACUGGAAAGAUCGGAAGUUCUGUGAUUCUUGAAGUUCAGUGGCAAUGUCAUUCAUCGACUGUUAUUGAGUGGUAUAAGUGAGUGGUUAAAGGGACAUACCGUAUACCACCUGCGUAUCUAACUUGAGAGUUAGAUGUGCAGGUUGCUACAGUACUAUGGGGUUUCCGAAAAAAAAGAUAAUUUUUCUUAGAUGUGCAGGUGGCUCUACCGUACUUUCUGCCUGUCCAAAAACACACUGGGUUACCGUACCACCUGCGUAUCUAACUCCUUUUUCUUCUCGAGUUAGAUGUGCAGGUGGUGGCUACCGUACUCCUUGCUAGGUUGUUUUUGCCUGUCCAAAAACACACCGGGCUACCGUACCACCUGCGUAUCUAACUCUUUUUCUUCUCGAGUUAGAUGUGCAGGUGGUGGCUACCGUACUCCUUGCUAGGUUGUUUUUGCCUGUCCAAAAACACACCGGGCUACCGUACCACCUGCGUAUCUAACUCUUUUUCUCCUCGAGUUAGAUGUGCAGGUGAUUGCUACCGUACUCAUUGCGGGGUUGUUUUUGGACAGCAAAAUUUGACUACCGUACCACCUGCGUAUCUAACUCGUUUUCUUCUCGAGUUAGAUGUGCAGGUGGUUCUUCUGAAUACUGUAGCUACUGGAGAUUAAAGGAACAUACAGUAUACCACCUGCAUAUCUAACUCCUUUUCUCCUCGAGUUAGAUGUGCAGGUGGUUGCUACCGUACUUAGAGGUUUCUGGAGGAGAAAAAAAUGAUUUUUUUUUCAGAGAUGGAACUUUGGUGCGAAACUCAUCCGAAUACUCACAAACCUUCAACGGUUCAAUCGCUCGAUUAUCUGUCAAAAAUUUGAGCGAAGACAAAACCGGCCUCUACAAAUGCCACGCGAAAUGCGAUUAUGGAGAAGGCCAGAGUAGUGCCAUGGUGAAAUUAGAGCAAAGCGGUGAGUUGCCUCGCGUCGUCUAGCUUGUCUUAAACAUUUUCCGCUGCUUUCCCUAGUGGCCGGAUGGUCUAGAGGUAUGAUUCUCGCUUCGGGUGCGAGAGGUCCCGGGUUCGAUUCCCGGUUCGGCCCAAACUUUUUUUUUUUUUUUUUUUUUUUUGAAAUUUUAAUUUUAAUUUUUAAAAAAUUUCCAGACGUCGAAGAAGAAUUGAAACAACACCGCAAAGACAUCGAAGAGGAAUAUAAUCAAAAAGACGAGAGUUCUUCUUUGAAGGCGAAGAAGAAGGUGACGCGUCGCAGUAAGAGCAAGAGCAAAAGUCCGGCUCCGCCGCCAGCCGCCGAGCCAAAACGAAACGCACAAGAUGCAGAUGAGGUUAGUCGCAUCGUUUUUUUCGAGUUAGCCUAA